AUGGCUGGUGCAACUGAGGAAAGUGUGGCUGUGGAGGAGAAUGUACCUCCAGCAGUCGAGGAAGGCCGCAAACGUGGAUUAAGCGGGUCAAUGUCACUUAGGACUCGCAAACUUGGAAGGCGCCUGUCACGCAGCAUGUCUAUAGUUGCGUUGAAGUUGCCUGAGAAGGCGCAAAGUAUUACUCGCUCCUCUUCGAAGCUUAUGAGAUCUGGUAGUCGCGACAAGAAGAACAGAUCCUUUGAACUUUCGAUCAUACUUCCUGAUAAGACGCAGAAACAGGUAAAUUGA